AUAGGCGUGGCGGUUAACUUGACAUCAUUGACGUUGUGACAGAUACCUGAAAACAACCAGAUUAAAGGACGCUGCUGGCGGCGUUCACUUUAAUCUAAAAAUCUGAAAACAAAAUGGUGGAGCACACAAGAGAAACACCAAACACCAUGUCCCUCCAGGCUGGUCCUAUGGAGGUGUGCAAUGGCACACCAUCUCACGUGAACACAAGAGACGUCCAGAACAUUGGUCGGCAGCUGGCCCAGAUAGGAGACGAACUGAACCAACGAUGGGCCCACAGGCUGCCCAACCAAUGGCUGCAGCCAGUGAAUGGAAGAACAAACAUCUUCAUCAGGGCCAGUGUCUACAGGUGUAUAGUGAGUGAGGGAAGGAGACUUAGAGACUUCUUUGCUCUAGGUAAUCUGCGGCUGAAUCCUCUGGUUUACAACCAGCCUGCCUGGGUGUCCAGUGUGUGUCCUGCUGGGUUAGGCUGGACAACAGGGUUGCUGGCGUCCACUGCACUACUGGCCACGGCAGCCGUCUGCUUGGCACUCUGGGUCCAGAGAACGGAUUGACCUUUGCACUGAUGGGCUAUAAGCUGGACUUAGUCCACAGAUUUUUGGCUUUGUUUAAAAUGUUUUAUAAUAAUUAAAAAUAUUUAAUUUUUUUCCAAACGUUCUUUAUUACAUGGAUAAUUGAAUGGUAUUGACGUGCUGGGUCACAACUCCGUGUUUUUUGAGUGCGCAUCAUAGAGUGUUCUGAUGAGGCUGUCGCUGGUACACAGCCUGUUUUAUGGGGGGGGGGGGGUAAAGUCUGUUGCUAAGUGUGGGUUUGUAUUCCUCUCCCACGCUUCUUAUCUUAUCAAGUGGUUUCAUCUGUUCAAACAUCAGGGAAGCUGGACUUUCAAUUCAUCCAUACUGAUUUGAAAGUGAUUUUUCAUAACAAAAAUGGAAACUUAUCAAAUAAAAAUAACAUCUUUUCUGCA